AGUACAGUUCCUGGAGAGAAAAGUUCUGUCGUUGGGGGUAGGGUGGGAUUUACUGGAGCUCUCGAGGUGCACCUAGUUUCCGGAGUUUGCCCGCGGCGCCCCAACAGCCGGCCUCCGCCCCGCCCAGGUCUCCUGGCCUCGGGGGCAAAGGGGAGCGAGGCGGGCGCGCCCCGGCCGGCGGGUUGAGGGCGGGGAAGGCGCGGGGACAAAGGCCGCGGCCACUGCGCUCGGGCGGGCCGGUGCGCGGCGAACUCCGGCGGCCGUGCGGGGACUCCGGACGCCCGGCACCCGGCUGCGCGCCCGCGCCCCGCGGAGCCCGCGCCGCGAUGAAGCGCCCCGGGACGCCGCCGGGUCCCGCGCAUGCCGAGCCCGCCGGCCCGCCGCCCGCGCCGCCCCCUCCGCCCCCUCUCCCCCGCCCGGCGGCGGCUCAGUGCUCGGCGAACAUGGCGGCGGCGGCGGCGGUCGGGCGGGACACUUUACCUGAGCACUGGUCCUACGGCGUGUGCCGGGAUGGCCGCGUCUUCUUCAUCAAUGACCAGCUCCGCUGCACGACCUGGCUGCACCCGCGCACCGGGGAGCCGGUGAACUCGGGCCACAUGAUCCGCUCAGACUUGCCCCGCGGCUGGGAGGAGGGCUUCACGGAGGAGGGCGCCAGCUACUUCAUCGACCAUAACCAGCAGACCACAGCAUUCAGGCAUCCUGUGAGUAGGCAGUUUUCUCCAGAAAAUAGCGAAUUUAUUCUUCAAGAAGAGCCAAAUCCACAUAUGUCAAAGCAGGAGCGAAACCAAAGACCGUCCAGCAUGGUCAGUGAAACGUCCACAGCCGGGACCACUUCCACCGUGGAGGCCAAGCCUGGCCCCAAGAUCAUGAAGUCCAGCAGUAAAGUCCACAGCUUUGGCAAGAGAGACCAGGCCAUUCGGAGGAACCUCAGUGUUCCGGUGGUUGUGCGGGGCUGGCUGCACAAGCAGGACAGUUCUGGGAUGAGGCUGUGGAAAAGGAGGUGGUUUGUGCUUGCUGAUUAUUGCUUGUUUUACUAUAAAGACAGCCGAGAAGAAGUGGUCCUUGGGAGCAUCCCUCUGCCCAGCUAUGUGAUCUCGCCUGUGGCCCCUGAAGAUCGCAUAAGUCGCAAGUAUUCCUUUAAGGCUGUGCACACCGGGAUGCGAGCGCUCAUCUAUAACAGCUCCAGCGGGGGCUCUCAGGCCGAGCAGUCGGGCAUGAGGACGUACUACUUCAGCGCCGACACCCAGGAGGACAUGAACGCGUGGGUCAGGGCCAUGAACCAGGCUGCGCAGGUGCUGUCUCGCUCAUCACUGAAGAGGGACAUGGAGAAGGUGGAGCGGCAGGCAGUCCCUCAGGCCAACCACGCAGAGUUCUGUCAGGAAUGUGGCCACGUGGGACCUGGACACAUGCAGGACUGUCCUCAUUGUGACCAUGAGGACUCCUUUGGCUUUGAGAGGCGGGAGCAAGAGGAAGAACGGCACCAUCCCCAGAGGGACCCGCUGGAGGGCAAGCGGGACCGGAGCAAGGCCAGGUCCCCAUACUCGCCAGCCGAAGAGGAUGCCCCAUUUGUGGAUUUAUCCGGUGGAGUGAGAGGCCAGCAGGCCCAGCCCCAGCGGGCAGAGAAGAAUGGCACACUGCCCGCUCCGUAUGGCCCGGGAGAGCAGAAUGGGACUGGCGGGUACCAACGGGCCUUUCCUCCCAGGACCAAUCCUGAAAAGCACAGCCAGAGGAAGAGCAGCCUGGCCCAGGUGGAGCACUGGGCCAAAGCCCAGAAGGGGGACGGCAGGAGCCUGCCCCUGGACCAGACUCUUCCUCGCCAGGGUCCUAGCCAGUCCCUGUCCUUCCCAGAGAACUACCAGACUCUUCCCAAGAGCACCCGGCACCCUUCAGGGGGCUCCUCGCCCCCUCCCCACAACCUGCCAAGUGACUACAAGUACGCACAAGACCGAGCCAGCCACCUGAAGAUGUCAAGUGAGGAGCGCCGGGCACACCGGGAUGGCACCGUGUGGCAGCUCUAUGAGUGGCAGCAGCGCCAGCAGUUCCGGCAUGGCAGCCCCACAGCGCCCAUCUGCGCCGGCUCGCCGGAGUUCACUGACCAGGGCCGGAGCAGGAGCAUGCUAGAGGUGCCCCGCUCCAUCUCAGUGCCUCCGUCUCCCUCAGACAUCCCUCCCCCAGCUCUCCCGAGGGUCUUCCCUCCCCGGCGGCCACACACACCUGCAGAGAGGGUCACUGUGAAGCCACCCGACCAGAGGAGGAGUGUGGACAUCUCACUGGGGGGUUCUCCCAGGAAGGCGCGAGGCCAUGCCACCAAGAACUCCUCUCAUGUGGACCGGCGCUCCAUGCCCUCCAUGGGCUACAUGACCCACACUGUCAGCGCUCCCAGUUUACAUGGAAAAUCGGCUGACGAUACCUACCUCCAGCUGAAGAAAGACCUGGAGUACUUGGAUCUAAAGAUAAAAAAUAAUGAGCCUUUGAUCAGCGUGCUUUACAAAGUGCUGAAGAAGUCAGCACGGGGCUGUCGGCCCAGGAGAAGCAUGACGGGCCGGGACCUUCUCAAGGAUCGAAGUCUGAAGCCAGUGAAGAUCGCCGAGAGUGACACUGACGUCAAACUGAGUGUCUUCUGUGAACAAGACAGGAUCCUCCAGGACUUGGAAGACAAGAUCCGGGCUCUCAAGGAGAACAAAGACCAGCUAGAGUCUGUGCUGGAGGUAUUGCACAGACAGACGGAGCAGUACCGAGACCAGCCCCAGCACCUGGAGAAGAUUGCCUACCAGCAGAGGUUGCUGCAGGAGGACCUUGUCCACAUCCGGGCGGAGCUCUCCAGAGAGUCCACUGAGAUUGAAAACGCCUGGAAUGAAUACCUGAAGUUGGAGAGUGACGUGCAGCAGCUGAAGCAGACCCUGCAGGAGCAGCACAGAAGAGCCUUUUUUUUCCAGGAGAAGUCGCAGAUACAGAAGGAUCUCUGGAGGAUUGAAGAUGUCGUUGCAGGCCUGAGUGCAAAUAAAGAGAACUUCAGAGUCCUGGUGGAAUCGGUCAAAAACCCAGAGAGAAAAACGGUGCCUUUGUUUCCUCGCCCGCCUGUGCCUUCACUCUCGACGUCUGAGAGCGAGCAGCCGCCACAGCCCAGCCCUCCCACCAGCCCUGUGCGGACCCCUCUGGAGGUUCGACUCUUCCCCCAGCUGCAAACCUACGUACCGUACCGACCUCAUCCGCCCCAGCUGAGGAAAGUGACAUCCCCCCUUCAGUCACCCACCAAGAUGAAGCCCAAGGCUGAAGAUGAGGCACCUCCCAGGCCCCCACUCCCUGACCUCUACAGCCCAGAGGACCAGCCCCCAGCUGUGCCCCCUCUGCCGAGAGAGGCCACUGUCAUUCGGCACACGUCGGUGAGGGGCCUCAAGCGGCAGUCGGACGAGAGGAAGCGAGAUCGGGAGCAGGGGCAGUGUGUGAAUGGGGACUCGAGGGGGGAGCUCCGGUCCUAUGUCAGUGAGCCUGAGCUGGUGACCUUCGGUGCAGACAUGGCCCAGCCCUCCCUGGGAUUCGUGGGCCCUGAGAGCAGGUACCAGACGCUGCCAGGCAGAGGGCUCUCAGGAUCCACAUCAAGGCUCCAACAGUCGUCCACCAUUGCUCCCUAUGUCACCCUCCGGAGGGGUCUGAGUGCCGACAGCAGCAAGGUGACCCUCCCCAGACCCAAGAGUGCCUUGGAGCGCCUGUACUCGGGGGACCACCAGCGGGGCAAGAUGAGUGCCGAGGAGCAGCUGGAGCGCAUGAAGCGCCACCAGAAGGCGCUGGUCCGCGAGCGCAAGAGGACACUGAGCCAAGGAGAGAGGAUGGGGGCGCCCUCGCCUCGCUACCUCAGCCAACCGCUGCAUGGAGAUCUCGGCUCAUGGAAGCGUGAGCAGGACUUUGACCUGCAGUUGCUGGAACGGGCCAUGCAAGGGGAAAGAAAGGACGAGGAGAAUGGCUGGUUGAAAGUGCAGGCCAUGCCUGUCACUGAGCUGGACCUGGAACCGCAAGACUAUGACUUGGACAUCAGCAGAGAGCUGGCCAAACCAGAGAAGGUCUCCAUACCCGAGCGUUACGUGGAGCUGGAUCCUGAAGAACCACCCAGCCUUGAGGAGCUGCAGGCACGGUAUCGCAAAGCUGAAAAGAUCCGCAGCAUUCUCGCCCGGUCCAGCAUGUGCAACCUGCAGCCCCCAGCAGGCCAGGACCGGAACAGCGUGGCCGACCUGGACUCACAGCUGCAGGAACAGGAGCGCAUCAUCGACAUCUCCUACGCGCUGGCCUCCGAGGCCUCCCAGCGUAGCAAGCAGGUGGCAGCACAGCAGCUGGCCCUCCCGCCUAAAGGCCCCCUGUCCUCCAGGACGGUGCCACCUUACCCCCCCUUAAGCAACGGACUCCACUACACCUUUGUCUAACACCUUCCAACCCAGGCAGUGACUGAUCCGUGACCCAGCGUGCAGAGGAGAAGUCUGAAGCCAGGGGCGCAGUGGAAGAAGUUUCCUCUGAGAAGAUUGAUCUUCCUUCCCCUAAGGACACUCCUUCCAGCUAAGCAGGAGUUCUCGCUGCAGGAGGAAGCAACCCACCCACUGUGGGGUGUUCACCACAGGGCUAGGUCCUGACAACCCUGCACCCCACUUGUUUUAGUUCAGGCUUCUUUUUACAAAUGACAGAGGCACUUUUGAUACACACUAUAAAAUACACUGUAUUUUAGAAUCAGAAUAUAUUUUAUAAUGUUCACCUCAAGGGCUGAGUGGCUGGAAAGGUGAGGAUGCAGGAUUCUGGAGUUGCAUGUACGGAUUCAGGUUGCGUGUGGGUGGGGGGAGAAGGGCAGGGCAGGCAGAGGCCAGCCCAGCAUCCGAUAAACUCAGGUGAAGGUUGAAUUUGAGACAUGCUUCCAGUGGAUUCCAGCCCUGCAGAGUGAAACUCCACUGGGCUGGCAGGUGCAACCCAAGCUGUGCCUUGGCCUCUGGGUUUGGUUGAGGGGCAAUGGUGUGUUCAAGAGCUUUGGGUCCCAACCCACCCAAGAGGUUCUCUCAGCAAAGGGCUCUUAUCUGGUGGGGGGGAGGGGGAAGGCAGUUGGCUUUAAUUAAAAAAACAAAACAAAACACCCCUUUGAAAUACAGAAAAAGAGAGAGGAAGCACCAUUUAUUGUAUCAUAAGCAAUAAUCUUCAUACUGGGUGGCAUCUACCUAAAAGCCCCUGACUGUACAAGAGGCUGUGAUGGGAAUUCUGGGACCUUUGUUGCCUGUCCUGUGAGAACCUAGGUCAGCCUCCCUAGGACCUGGGUCUGGUGGCAGAAGGGCAGGCAGUAUGCCCCACCAUGCCUGAUGGCCAGCAGCCAGCAGGGCCACAGGGGCAAUACUGACUUGAUUUCCAGCCUAAAAUGAUGAGGGAGCUGCCAAGCCAGGUGCAGUGUUGGUGGCCCUUAAGUCAUGAGUUCAUAAUAUUCUGCAUACAGAAAAUGAUGUUUAAAAGGAAAGAAAAGAAAACUCCAUUGGGUGGAGCCACACUUUAAAUGAAAAUUUGUCUUUGACUUUGGUCAGAAAAAGUAUCUUGAAUAUAUUUAGAAGUCACCAUCUAUUUUUAACUAACUCCAUAUGCUGUCAGUAUCAACUUCAUGACACUUGCCAAAAUAAGAUUUUAUUUUUGCCUUUAUAAGAUUUUGUUGGAAAAAUGAAAAUAUUUUGCAAGGAAAAGUUAAUUUAAAUAAAAGUGUAAUGGUUUGCAAAAAAAAAAAUGUGAUGUACAGAUUAAAAUAUUAACCUGAUAUG